UUGAGCCGCUUGUCGGCUGCCCCAGGGCCUUGGCUCAACUGUGAGGGCUGGGUGAUACUCGGUGGGAGGGGGUGGGAGGUGGUUCGGAGAGAGCAGUGUGGUCCGGUCCCGGUCCUCUGAUGGCCUCCCAAGCAUCCCCCCAAGCUGGGUCGGGGCAGCCAGCUCGGGUGGUGGCCAGUCCUGGGCCGGGGUCCUCCAAGAGGGACACGUGCCCACGCAGCUCAGUGAUGUUUCCUGUUGGCACAAAGGGUCUGAGGGAGGCCAGGUGUCCCUCCUGCCCUGGGGACAUGGCCUGCAGCCUGCCAGCACCUGGAGCCUGGCCCAGACAGUGGGCUCCUAAGCAGUCCUUGGAACCUUCCAGAAAGCUGUCCCUGACUAACAGCCUGGCUCAAUGGUGCAGAAAACCCAUGUGAUUUAGCAGGUGCUGUGCGAGCUGCAGCUGGAACCUGCAGUCUAUGCUGGGUUUGUGCUCUUGGGCGGAGGGACGGCCCCUUCCUCGGGCUCUGUGCCCUGGCCAGGGGUCCAGCCGCACUGCAGCUGAGGUGGGGCAUGAGGGGGGCCGCCCCAUCCGUGCCCGGUGAGGGGCCCAGCUGGCUAACUGGGGACGUCACUCCAUAAGCCCCCACCCCACGGAGCGGCCCUCAAGGCCAGGAUGGGGAGGGGUCACAGCAGGAAGGGGCUUGGCCAGGUCCUGACGGCGCUCCGUCCCCCACCCCAGAGCGCGCCAGAGCGCUGGGGUCUCCACGUUCCCAUCUGCAGGCUGGGCCCAGGCUGUCCUCGCCGCUUGGUGUCCAGAAGGUCUGGAGGGAAGGGGACAGCUUCAGGUUUGGCUGAGACUCCCCAGGGUCUUUACCCAGCUCACGUGCCCGGGUCCUGGCGAGAGCCCCUCCAAGCCCCUCGGUGCCUGUGGGCCUCCGUGUGGCCUCAGCUGCCCGCACGGCUUACGUCAUUAAACGUUUCGGAAGGAGCCGUGUGGCUUGUUCUGGGGGCCUGGUGCUGGGAAGGGGCCAUGAGACGGGCUGGGGAUUUCGACCUCUGUCUGGGAGGUGCUGUACCCCACUGGCCCUCAUGCCCCGAGGAUUCGCACAGUCACAGGCCCCCCCAGCACCGCCCUGGACCCUCAGCUGCCCGCUUGGUGGGUCCCGGAUUUUCUCCAGCUGUGUCGUCCCCUCCCACCCUGCGGAUGGGGGCGGAGGUGACCGCGGGGCUCCUGGGGGGUGGGGGUGCUGUGAUCUGAGGGCAGCAGGGGACACUUGGACGGCCUGGCACAUCGCCAUGCAGAUGGUCUCCGUGCCCACCUGGAAGGUCGCCCAUGCUCCCUCUGCGGCCACGGCGGGAGGAGGUUGGACGCCCUGCUGCAGGCCUGUGGUGGGAGGACAUGGGGCGGGGGGUGCUCACUGAUUUCCCCUCCAUCACCACGCGGCCUUGGACACGCCGCACCUGGGCCCCAGACUCGGUUUCCCUGUGGGUAAGCAGGGACAUGCCCUCUCCAGGUCUGCAAGGAGCCUUGGGGAGCCCAUGCACGGCUGGCGUCCAGCAGGACGGCUGCCUGCCCGAUGCGGGGCUCGCAGCAAAGGGCGCGCUCUUGUCUAGGCUGAGGUUACGGAUCGUGCAAGCCCGAUCUGACCCUAAAUCGUGGGUGGUCGUGGCCAGAGGGGAAGAUGCUGGCAGUGCCCGGUGUUUGUGGGCGUCCUGUGUGUGCUGACCGCGCUGCCCCUCAGACCGCGGGUGAAGGAGAAACCGUAGCCUGGCCCCCUCGGGCAGGGGUAACACGAGAAGGCCAGCCGGUGUCGCAGACAGCCUGGGGGUCCUCAAACAGAAUCGCCGUGUCCCCCAGCACUUCCACUUCUGGGUACUCACCCAAAAGAAAUGGAAGUCGGGGGGCGCCUGGGGGCUCCGUCGUUAAGCGUCUGCCUUCGGCUCAGGUCAUGAUCCCGGGGUCCUGGGAUCGAGCCCUGCAUCGGGCUCCCAGCUCAGCGGGGAGCCUGCUUCUCCCUCUCCCACUCCCCCUGCUCGUGUUCCCUCUCUCACUGUGUCUCUGUCUGUCAAAUAAAUAAAAUCUUUAAAAAAAAAAAAAAAAAGUCCUGGGACGCCUGGGUGGCUCAGGUCACGAUCCCAGGGUCCUGGGAUCGAGUCCCGCAUCGGGCUCCCUGCUCCGCGGGAAGCCUGCUUCUCCCUCUCCCACUCCCCCUGCUUGUGUUCCCUCUCUCACUGUCUCUCUCUGUCAAAUAAAUAAAAUCUUAAAAAAAAAAAAAAUGGAAGUCGGGGUUCAAAAAGGUAUUUGCACCUCCGUGUGCAUGCAGCAGGAUUUAUAAUCACCAAAAGGUGGAAGCAAACCCAGUGUCCGUGGAUGAAGGAUACACACGGCGUGGUCCGUCCCCACGCGGGAACACGCUCCAGCCUCAGGAAGGAAGGGACCCUGACACCUGCCACGACGUGGAGGGACCCCGGGGGCACUGGGCUCAGCAAGAGGAGCCAGACCCCGAAGGACACAUCCCACAGGACCCCACUCCCAGGAGGUCCUCAGAGGAGUCCUGUCCACACAGAUGACCCAGGUCCUUCUUCACUGCCUCUGACAGUGGAGGGGACGGGAUGCAGAAGAGGCUGGUGCUCAGCUGCCUCCCAGAACCAACGCAGCAAUGUCUGCCGCCUGAGUGUCCCCGAGCCAGACGGGUCCCCAAUUCUGAGGAGUCCUGCUGUCAGAGGGACGUCACCGCAGGGUGGGAUGAGACCGGGUGGUCCCUGAGGACUCAGCCAGGACCAGGGCACGUGGCCGGGCUCCCUGGUGCGAGGGGCCCCUGGCAGGACGGUGGCCUCAGGUGGGGAGGGGCUGGCAAUUGGGGACCCUCCCCAUCCUGGGAUGCCUGGCCGGUGGCUGGACGCUGUGGCCUCGGCAGCCAGAACCCAGCCAUGCGGCUCCCCUGACUCACCGCAACUGUGAUCCCUGCUGUUGUCGGGCAGUUGGCAUUUUUAUUCAUCGGAUGCAGUUUUAUCCCUGCCUCUCCGGUGCUGCCUCCAGAAGGAGACAGUUGUGUGUGUGUGACAAAUCCACCGAGUGGACGUUCACUCAUUAGCCCUGGAACGUCCUGUGCCAGAGCAGCUGCCCUGGGCCCCGAGGCAUCUCGGAACCGCCUUGUUUUCUCUGCUGCACCCCUCAGGGGCGGACGGGAGGAGGGAAGUCCGUGCAGGGCGCUGCUGGGCCUGGCUCAGCCAGUGGUCAGUGAGGACGUGCUGCAUACCAGGGCCACAGGAAGAACCCUGGUCGUCCAGGGCGAGACAGCGCAGAGAACACGAGAGAAGGCUUGGGGGAUGGCAGAUGGCAGGGAGCUGCAGAAGCUUCUGGAGCAGUGGACCGUGUCCUUGUCUGCGCUCAUGCAACGAGCAGUUAUAGAGUGCCUACUGUGUGCAAGCAUUGGAGACAGCAUUAACAAGCCAGACCCACUCUUGCCCCCCCACAGUUGAGUGGGGGAGGAUGGCCACUAAGUAAGAAAGCAGAAAAACCAACAAAAAUUUGACAGCAUGUGAUGAUGUAGGCAGGGGGAGGGUGGCGAGGAAGUUCUGGGGGACAAGCAGGAAGUGUUUUUCAGAGCAGGGGCAUUUGGCAUUGGGUCCUGAAGGGUGAGGAGGAGUUCUCUGCUCCAAGUUACCUGCCAGCAAUGGGAAGGCAGGAGACCCGCCCUACGGGUUCCCAUCAGACGUAUCUACCUGUUUCCCCAGGGUGCACACGACGUUAGAGCGCGCUCAGAUGGGUUGGCCGAGGUAGACCUGGAGGUGGGCGGUACUGCUGCGUGACCACGGAGGCAAACUGACCCCUCCUGGGCCUCAGUUUCCCUGACAGCGAUGGGCCAUGUUCUCAGGCUGGAGAGGGCAUGGGGGGUUCUGGAAUGGAGCAGGGAUGAGUGUGGGGACCGAUUUGACACGAAAUCUCUUCCUGGUGGUAAGCCUCGGUUUUCUCAUCCGUAGAAUGGGGAGAUAACUCACCUGGCAAGGAGCUGGGAAGAGCAGUGGUCGGGUGCCACACCCCACCCCCUCCCCCGCGCGGUGUGGUCAUGUGAGCCUCAGUUUCCUGCCCUGGGGAGUGGGUCCCACUCCUCUCUAGUGGGUUGCUGACAUCGGGGGGGCCGGGAGGGGCGAGGUCGCCGCAGGUCUCCGGGGCGCGCAGGGAGGGAGGCGCCGCGGGGCGGGACAGCGAGCUGCGGGGCCGGGCGGAGAUCCGCCUCCUGCGCGCUGGCACCCGCCGCUCCGCCCCGCCGCGCCGCCGGCAACUUUGGGAUGGAGUUUGUGCGGGCGCCGGGGCUCUGCCUGGCGCUGGGGCCGGGCCCGGCCGGGGGCCUCCCGCAGCCGUGCGGCGUCCUGGCGCGCCUGGGGGGCUCGGUGCGCCUGGGCGUCCUCCUGCCCCGCGCGCCCGCCGCCCGCGUUCGCGCUGCCCCGGCCCGGGCCGCCCUGGCGCCGCGGCCGCCGCACAACCUGAGCCUGGAGCUGGUGGCCGCCGCGCCCCCUGCCCGCGCCCCCGCCUCGCCGGCCCGCGGCCUGUGCCAGGCGCUGGAGGCCCCGGGCGUGGCGGCCGUGCUGGCCUUCCCGGAGGCGCGGCCCGAGCUGCUGCAGCUGCACUUCCUGGCGGCCGCCACCGAGACCCCCGUGCUCAGCGUGCUGCGGCGGGAGGCGCGCGCGCCCCUCGGAGCCCCGAACCCAUUCCACCUGCAGCUGGACUGGGCCAGCCCCCUGGAGACGCUGCUUGACGCACUGGUGGCCGCGAUGCGGGCACCCUGGGAGGACGUCAGCCUGGUGCUCUGCCGCGUGCGGGACCCUGCUGGCCUGGUGGCCCUCUGGACAGCCCGGGCCGGCAGGGCCCCGAAGCUGGUGCUGGACCUGAGUCGGCCAGACACGGGCGACGUGGGGCUGUGGGCGCACCUGGCCCCCCUGGGGGCCCCCCCGGGGGGCUCGGCCCCAGCCCCGGGGGCCGUACUCCUGGGCUGUGGCCCAGCCCGCGCACGGCAGGUGCUGCAGGCCGUGCCCCCCGGGCCCCGCUGGCUGCUGGGCAUGCCCCUGUCCGCUGACGCGCUGCCCACGGAGGGCCUGCCCCUGGGGCUGCUGGCCCUGGGUGAGGUGGGCCGACCCCCGCUGGAGGCCGCCCUUCAGGACGCUGUGGAGCUGGUGGUGCGAGCCCUGGGCAGUGCCGCCCGGGCGGAGCCGGAGCGCGCCCUCCUGCUCACCACGGUCAACUGCAACGACCCGCCGCCAGCUGGGCCGGAGUCCUCAGGCCGCUUCUUGGCACGGUUCCUGGCCAACACAUCCUUCCGGGGCCGCACCAGGCCUGUGUGGGUGACCGGCUCCUCCCAGGUGCACAUCUCCCGGUACUUGGGAGUGUGGAGCUUGUGCCAGGACCCGCGGGGUGCCCUGGCCUGGGCCACCGUGGGCAGCUGGCGGGCCGGACGGCUGGAGUCAGAGCCGGGAGGUGCGGCCGCACGGCCCCCGCCCUCCCCGGGAGCCCGAGCCUGGCCCAGGCUGCGCAUGGUGAUGCUGGUGGAGCAUCCAUUCGUGUUUGCCCGGGAGCCGGAUGAGGACGGACAGUGCCCCACGGGGCAGCUGUGCCUGGCCCCCGGCACCAAUGACUCGGCCACCCUGGUCGCCAUAGACCUGCUGGAGCGCCUGGCGGAGGACACGCACUUCGACUUCGAGCUGUACAUCGUGGGCAACGGCAAGUAUGGUGCCCUGCGGGACGGCCGCUGGACCGGCCUGGUGGGUGACCUGCUGGCCGGCCGGGCCCACAUGGCCGUCACCAGCUUCAGCAUCAACUCGGCCCGCUCCCAGGUGGUGGACUUCAGCAGCCCUUUCUCCACCAGCCUGGGCAUCAUGGUGCGGGCCUGGGACACGGCCUCGCCCAUCGGCGCCUUCACGCGGCCGCUGCACUGGACCAUGUGGCUGGGCGUCUUUGCUGCCCUGCACCUCACCGUGCUCUUCCUCACGCUCUACGAGUGGCACAGCCCCUACGGCCUCACGCCCCGUGGCCGGAACCGGGCCACCAUGUUCUCCUACUCUUCGGCCCUCAACCUCUGCUACGCCAUCCUCUUCGGACGCACCGUCUCCAGCAAGACGCCCAAGUGCCCCACGGGGCGCCUCCUCAUGAACCUGUGGGCCAUCUUCUACCUGCUCGUGCUGUCCAGUUACACCGCCAACCUGGCCGCCGUCAUGGUCGGGGACAAGACUUUCCUGGAGCUGUCGGGGAUCCGUGACCCCAAGCUGCACCACCCGUCAGGCUUCCGCGUAGGCACCGUGUGGGAGAGCAGCGCCGAGGCCUACAUCAAGAAGCGCUUCCCCGACACGUACGCGCACACGCGGCGCCACAGCGCGCCCACCACGCCACGCGGCGUCGCCCUGCUCACGAGCGACCCCCACAAGCUCAACGCCUUCAUCAUGGAUAAGUCGCUCCUAGACUACGAGGUCUCCAUCGACGCCGACUGUAAACUGCUGACCGUGGGCAAGCCUUUCGCCAUGGAGGGCUACGGCAUCGGACUCCCUCAGAACUCGCCACUCACCUCCAACCUGUCCGAGUUCAUCAGCCGCUACAAGUCCUCCGGUUUCAUCCACUUGCUGCACGACAAGUGGUGCAAGAUGGUGCCUUGUGGGAAGCGCGUCCUCGCCGUUACGGAGACGCUGCAGGUGGGCGUCUACCACUUCUCGGGCCUCUUCGUGCUGCUCAGCCCCCUGGGCGAGCACGGCUUCUACCGCCUGGCGCUCCCGCGCAUCCGCAGGGGCUGCAAGCUGCAGUACUGGCCGCACACGAGCCAGACCUCCCGCGCAGGACCGGGCAGCUCCACACCGCCGGGACCCCGACCCCAGAGGCAGAGUGGGUGUGAGGACACUGACCCAGCCCCUUCCACCGCACGUCCCCAGGGCUCUCGAGCCGCAGCAGGACACGCGGGCAGCCUCUGCGGGCGCGGCGACCUGGACACGGGUGCGCCGGGCCACGGCGAGGGAGCGCCGCGCGCGGUUCCUAGCGGAGCCCCCAGAGCGCCCGGUCUGGCUCUGUCCCGGGGCCACCUGCCGGCCGUGCUGCCCUCCUCCGAGCUGGAGCAGCUGGAGCAGCUGGAGCAGCUGGAGCAGCUGGAGCGACGCAUCCGGAGUGCGCGGGAGCGGCCCCAGGCCCUGGUGCGGCGAGGAGAGCUCCUGGCCCGGCUGGGGCACUGCCCCUGCGCCGAAGCACCUGCCGUCGCCCGGUGACCCAGCCGAGGGCACGCAGCCGCUGCCCCGC